GCCCGUGCCGCCAUUGUUCCGUCUUGCUUUCAAGCAAGAAGUAUGCACCACCAUUGAGUAUACCCAACCUGUAUCAAGCAAGCUUCAAAACGCCAUUUUCAUUUCUUGGAAGCAUCUCUACCGAAGGACCCAAUCACAAAGAAAACUGCAUGAACCGCGGACCCACCAUAUACCAAUUCCGAUAAUUUGGAAAGCUUGGAAAUCAUGUCUGGAUUCGAAGCAACGUCCAAAAGCUUCAUGAAAGUGCCUGAGAUGCGACUCGCGAUUUGGGACGCAUUGAUCCCACCACCUCGGCGAAUAUACAUGGAGAAAUCUAGCAUAUCUCUCCCGGAUGAUAGGUGCUGGAAGGCAAAAGUCAGUUUCGAUCCCGGGUCUCCUGCAAUUUCAAAUCCGUCAGUUCUACAUAUAUGCGCUGAAUCUCGGGAUUAUUUUAUUCGCGAGAAGGGAUACACUUUACUUAGCCGUUGCCUCAUAAGCCCAAUAUACUUGAAUUACUCGAGAGAUCAGCUUUGGUUCGAUUCUUUAUCUCGUCUUUGGAGGUACGCCAAGAAUGUCUCCUAUCGACAUCGCCUAGAAAUUCGCAACUGCCAAAUGAGUGAGGAAAAGAUGCAACCGUAUAAGAUUAGAAAACUUGGUAUGAGGUUAACUGAAAGGAACAAGAUAGAGCGGUUCUCCGCUCGUAUAAUGAUUCAUAUAAUGAAGAGACUUACCGAACUAGAAGAGAUUACCUUUGAGCUUCCAAAAGACAGAUUCGAGGAUUACAAGGCUAUUUUAGAUGGAAAAUUACGCGGCUUUGUGGAAAAUAUGCAAGACCACAAUGUCCCCGCUACGAGAGUCCCUCCGAGACUCAUUUACAUAACGCAGGAAGUUGCUGCUCCUCCUGAAAACAUAUGAGCGCAGACUUCUGGAGUUUCUGUGGAAUCUUAGAGACGAGAGAGGAAGAUGAGUUAUUUCGUAGCUGGCGAACGGCUGCAGGUUGAUGGGUGCUAAAAGAUAUUCAAGGUCUCUGAUGGAACCAUAUCUUCAACGUGCGAUGUACGAUUGGAUACACUUAUAGUCGGACACAUUUUUUCAUGCCAAUAGUUCACAUUGUCUAGACAAUCUGUGUUGUAUGAUCAUACUGCUGUGCAGUGGAAAAUUUGAAUCAAGGCAUUUGAUUCCCAGGGUCAUGGUUCAGGAGCGCAUUCUGUCGAAUUAGUUAGGGGGGGGGCGGGGAGCAAGCCGAAAAGCUCUCAUCACCCACCCUCGAAAACGAAGAAAAGAGAAGGACAAAUAAAACAGUGAAUGAGAAACUGGGCAGUCUUAUAUUUUUGGAUCUUCAUGCAUGUUUUUUUUGACUCUGGAGAACCUUGCCAUGCGGUAUAAUGUGGGAACAGAUUAUUGCUUGAUUUUGAUUCUUCUUGGGGAGACUUUUAUGAGUCAUUAAAAGAUUGAAACGCUACGAAUUUAUACUCUUCGAGCCA